UCAAAUUUUAAAAAAUAACACUUAUUUUACUUACAUUAUUUGGUAAAGAUUAGUUACACGACCAAAAAUUUAGUUAAAAUAUUUUUAAUGAUAUUUAGAUAUUAUAGGAAACAUAAAUGGAUAUGAUUUUAAUGAGAAAUAUAUGCCCAGCUGCAAAACAUGCUCUGCUAUGUUUUUCGCUUUCCGGAUUAGUAUUUAUCGUUUCCUUUUUCUCAGCUGGUUAUCUUGGAUUUACAUCUGAGUUGUGGGCACUUACAUACUGGGGGCCGGCUUUAUAUUUCUGCCUUUUAAACUUCAUUCUACGAUAUUCUUUAAAAGGCUUCACAUACGAUGUUGCUGUCAGAUCUGCUUUUCUGGGAUCAGUUUUUGCAACAGGAUUUUACUUUGCUACAUUAGAUAAUAGCUGUCACAUAUUUGGACUUUAUGCAAUGGCAUUCUCCCUUUUUCACUUUUCGGAGUUCCUUUCUGUGGCCUUGACAAACCCUCGGACUUUGACGGUAGACUCUUUUAUUUUAAAUCACAGUGUACAAUACUGGGUGGCGGCUGUGUCCAGUUGGGUUGAGGCUGCUGUGGAAUACUACUUCUUUCCAAAUAUGAAAACUGCAUUUUGGAUAUCUCACAUUGGCGUUAUCAUGUGUAUUAUCGGAGAAGUCAUGAGGAAAAGUGCUAUGUUUACUGCUAAGACUAAUUUCAAUCAUCAUGUUCAAACAGUGAAGAAGGAUGACCACCAGCUAGUGACCCAUGGGGUGUACUCCCUCUGUCGACAUCCAAGUUAUGUGGGUUGGUUCUACUGGUCAAUUGGUACACAGAUAAUUCUACUCAAUCCCAUCUGUGUUGUUAUAUAUACACUGGUUUCCUGGACAUUCUUUAAUGAGAGAGUAUUCGCAGAAGAGAUGUUCCUCAUAUCAUUUUUCGGAAGCCAGUACUUGGAGUACCAGAAGAAAGUGGGCACUGGUCUUCCAUUUAUUAAAGGUUAUAUACCUGAUGUUGAUAGUAGCUGGUGAGGGAGGCCCAGGAUUAGGAAAAAAGAAAAGAGAUAAAUGAAGUUACUCCAACAGAAACUAUACAAUUUGUAUUGUACCAAUUGUUGUUAUUUAUGUAAUAUUAUUGUAUCAAUAACAAUCUAACAUUGAUGAAAUGUGGCUUAAUACAUAUUAACUAAGACUAUACUAGUCUUCUUCUAAUCUUGUUGUCAAAAUUCUAUCAUUUUGUCACAACAGAUGAUUGCUGUUGUUCACAUUACACAGUACUUUUCGAAUUACAAUAUGUUGCAUUAUUUUUUAUGUAUGAAAUGACGAAAUAAACUUAAAAACAUAUUUUACACAAUUAUGAUGGACAGAAGACAUUUUUCUAAUUCAAGUAGCCUUUUACAAAUAUUACAAGUUAUAUAUUUCGAUAAUUAUAUUAUAUGAUAAAAUUCUACUACGGAGAGUACAAGAAAAUCGGUAGUUACUUUGAAGAAAUUUUAUUACUGUUAAUUGAAAUUAAUAGUCUACGGAUAAAUCUAAGUUGAUUUAUCCGUAUAUAUACAAAGCUUAGGCUAUUUUUUUUAAACAUGGCAUUUAUCAAGAUUAAAAGAAUUACAUUUUACUAGGUUUUGUAAUUUUUUUUGGAAAUAAUAGUCGAGGAUUAACAAUUAUCCCGAAAAUGCUGCAUCUUACAAGAAGAAACUUUUUAUGACGUUCCACAUUUAGAUAUAAAUGCAUUUGUUUCUACAAUUUUUCGUAUUUAAAUAAUGCUAGUCACCAGAUUUAUGCAUUCAUUAGUACUACUAGAAUUACGUUUAAUGAUAGGUAAGUCGAAUAAAAUUAUAAGCACAAUCAGCUGUUCAAAGAAUUUUCAUUAAAUUAAUGUACAAGGUAUUUCUAUUUUUCUAGUAAAUUUUAAACGUUAAUUAACCUUACAUUAAGAGAGCAGAUUUGUAAUGAACUAAACUUAGUUAUGCCAAAAUUCAACGUACCAAAAUAAAAAAAAGUCUUAUAAUCUGGGUUUGUUUUUACAUACACAUUAUGUAUGUAAAAAAACUAAAUCAAACCCUUAUGAUAGUACAGUACGAUAUCUUUUAAUAAAUAUAUAUUAUUAAAUAUUUCGGAAAAUUCGUUAGCUAUAAGAUUUUUUAAAUGAUACAAAUGCAUGUAGAAUAUGUACAUAAGAUAUCAUCACUCAAGUAUG